AUGUCUCCCCAUCGUCGAGCAAAUACUGAAAUCAUUCGACCACGCAACCCUCGGCCGACUUCCGCCCAGUUGUUUGGAAGCCAAGCCCAGAGUUUCGAGGACCUCGAUUAUACUCGGACGCGCCCUAUUCCAUCGAACGACAACUCCGCCAGGAAGAAGCUAGAAGUGGGGGCCAAGCUCUUAACAGAUUUAUUUCAGGGGAAAUCUGAACAGGUUAACCUGGGGCUCCUGCACCGUCAAGAGGACCAGAAAUCCCUUGAGACGGGACCAACCAGCAUGGAGGACUCAAGCAUCCCGGAGCCAUACUCCCCCUCAUAUACGUCACGAACCUUCACGAGCCGACCACAAAAGCGCAUGACCGCACCAUCGCCGCUGAAGCAAGUUACUUCGUCGAAUCCUCUCUCUUUUUUUGGCUUGAAGCGCCAAGGAGAAAACAGGCAGGCCCUCCCCGAGCCUGCAGAAGACGAGCUUCUGAACCUCGAUAUCCACGCAGCAUUGUUCCCUCCCAGCUCCAAUAGUCUGAAUGGCCAGGAGGCUUUUGAUGAUCUGCGAACCAAUGCGGAGAACGUUAUUCAGCGGUUGCAGGCAGCCUACAAACAACGAACUUUCGCGUUACACGAGGUCAUCAACGAGAAGACCGAGAAACAGGAAGAGCUCGAAGAAACAAAGACACGUAUCGGACACCUCAAGAUCCAGCUAGACGGGAUGGCAGAAAGGGUCCUCCGCCAGGAUAUGGCCAUGAAGGCCAUGGCUGAAGAACUUGAGCAGGAGAGGCAGAUGCGCCGCAAAGAAGAGGAAGCGCGCCAAGGAAGCGUGAUUCUUGUCAAGCCCAGCGCGGACGAUGAAAGUGUCUCCGACAUGUCGGUCGAACUUCAGACCCCUAAAUGGAACACGAAGCGCCAGAGUAAUGGGACUCUUCCCAGCGACUCGGGCUUUGAGUCAGGCGAUGAGAGCGUGGCUGAAAGUGUCUUCUCACGCCGGGAUGGCGCUGAGACGCCUACCUCUAUUGUUCCCGCCUCGUCGAGUGCCUCACAAGUCAAUAUCCCUGCGCCGCAAUCCACCACUUUCCAAGUCAAUCAGAAAGAGCCUAAACCUACCUCCGCAACUCCGGCUCGCUCCUCGGCAUAUGACAGAGUCAUGAAAGGACUUGCUUCUAGUGGCAUUACCAGCGCUUGGGCGGGCAAUCCCUCGAAGUGUAAAAUCUGUUACGGUGUGCCUUCCACUGAGGCGUGGAGUGUCAUGGGCGUUCUGAAGGAAGAGAAUAAGGGUCUUAAAAUACGACUGGGCGAGCUUGAAAUGGUAAUAGACGACUGUCUGAGUAUUGUCGGGCCAUAA